AGGUGACUACUCGAAGAAACAUGGUUACAGGUAAGCAACCCAUUUUUACUACCAAUAUUUCCAUGUACAACACUCUAUGGUACAUACAUUUACCAAUUCUGCAUGUUCUGGUGUUCUGUUCAUUGGGCAUGCUUUCAAACAAAAACUUUGCUAGGUCUUACUUUCGGGGGAGGCCUUAUAUUUAGCAAUUCAGCAAAACCUCUACUAGGGCUUAUUUUCUGGGGAUGUCUUAUUUUCGGGGAAACAGGGUAGCUCUACAAAAUUAUCCUUAACCCUGAAUUCUGAAUCAGGUUACUGUAUAUCUUCCAACACACUCCUUAAAUGUCAUACAACUGUUAAACUCACAUUAUCAGGAAUAGCAUAUCUAUAUAACCUGUAGGUUUUCUAAUCUGAUUUUACCACAUAUUUAUUCUUUAUUACAACCCUAGCGUAGGUACCCAGCGAUGGGGAUUCUGUAAUGGUAAACAUUAAAAAUAUUCUUUGGUUUUGGAUUUUAUGAACAGUCGUUUUAUAAAAUGCAUGGCAAUGUGGGUAAACUACAAUUCCUAUCAUUCUCUGUCAUUGCUCCCCAAACCCCACCAAUAUUUAAAGCUGGUUAUGAUGAGUCUGUGUAACAAGUUCUGUACAGAUCCAUAGCCGGUGGGAGUCACAGUAUUCUCUGGAAAUGAGAGCCGUCUUGGAAAGCGCCUGUAUGGAUAUAUAUAAAGGUAUUUUCACUUUUAUUAUAUACUGGCUUAGGCACCCUGCAAUGCCCAGGUUAGAUAUUUGGUAAUUUGAAACACUAUGUAUUUUGGGCUUUAUGAAUGGUUCUGUUAUGAAAAUGCAUAAGGAUGUGGACUACAACUCACCCUUUCAAACCUCAUCAGUACUUAAAGUUGGUCAUGUUGGGUAUGUCUGUCAAGUUUGUUCGAGAUUCAUCAAUGGUGGGAGACACAAUACUGUCUGGAUGCAGCAUGAACUACAUUCCCAUUAUACAGAGUAAGUCCUCCCCAAGCCCCUCCAGUAUGUUCUAUUGGUCUUUGGGGGGUGGGGUGGGGGUGGUGCUGCGUUUGGUCCAGAUCCGUCAUCACUGGGAGUUGCAGGGCUCUUUGGAAGUGGGAGCCAAUACGAGAUCGCUCACAAACAUGCACCGCCAGACACACAUACAUUCACUUUUAAUAUACAGUAGAGUCUCACUUAUCCAAGCUAAACGGGCUGGCAGAAGCUUGGAUAAGCGAAUAUCUUGGAUAAUAAGGAGGGAUUAAGGAAAAGCCUAUUAAACAUCAAAUUAGGUUAUGAUUUUAUAAAUUAAGCACCAAAACAUCAUGUUAUACAACAAAUUUGACAGAAAAAGUAGUUCAAUACGCAGUAAUGUUAUAUUGUAAUUACUGUAUUUACGAAUUUAGCACCAAAAUAUCAUGAUAUAUUGAAAACAUUGACUACAAAAAUGGCUUGGAUAAUCCAGAGGCUUGGAUAAGUGUGCAAAAAAGAUACAAAUAAGAUCUGGAAUCUGCAUCUCCUACAUUCUUAUAAUUUUCAGGAAAUGUCUGGAAAUUGGCACUGGCUGAACUUGAGGAGGAGAGCUUUGCUGGGAUGAACAAAAUGACUUCUCAGAUCCCUGUGGAACUCGAGCACAGAGAAGGCAGCGCAGUUAGUCAGAAGCAACCCGACUGGUUUUGAGGUUUGGCUCCCAUUCAGCUGAAAUGCCACAAAUCCUUUCCCAUUUCUCCUUCCUCCCUUCGCUCUCUCAAGGAUUUAGCUGUUCUUAGUCCAAGCAGAGGUCACCAAACAUUGAAACGCUCUUAAAGCUAACCUUGCUUCCGAGUUACUUUUAAGGAUGACAUUUCAAUGUCUAUAUCUUACAUUAUGUUCCAGAGAACAUUUUACCUUUCCACCAGACUGUGGUAAUGAAAUGCUUUGCCUGUUGGAGUUGUCCUUUUGCACAUGGAGCAUAUGCCACAAUACAAGGGUUUCACACAGGACCAACCAGAAAACCUAUAAGCAGGAUCUUGGAACAUCCUUCUGCUUGUGGUUGCUGGCAACUGGUCUACAGUACUGUAGUGCCCCUAGUCUUUGUCUCACUUGGCAACUUCCUGUGCCUUGUGAGCCAUCAGUUUGCAUUGGUCUAUGCCCCAAGCCACUAUUUAUUUGCUUAUUUGCAUCCAGAUCCUGUUGAAAGACGUUAGCAUUGGGAAAUACCGAGGUGCAUCAUUGCCAGAUCCUUUUAGUCUACCUGUUUACCGGUAAGGAAAGCCCUUAAGAUUCAAAGCUGGAGGUGGGAUUUGAAGAGAAUAGGGCCUUGAAUUUUCUCCUUAAAUUAAAAGCAUUUCCAUGGAUGCUUUGGUGUAAUGAUCACAAAUUAUAAUGAACUGCGAAAGCAGCAUAAAAGCAGGAAUGGAGAACUUGGUCCUUCUGAGGUUUUAGAUUACUGCGUUUCUUUAUUUUCGGUGAGUCUGAUGGGACUUGCAGGCUAAAACAUCCAGAGCAGAGCUUUCCAAACUGCGCUGCCUUCUCCAUGUUCGAGUUCCACACAUUAGUGUGCCGGCUCCAGUGUGUAGUUUUCCCGUAUGAACGUAAUGAGAAAUCUCUUGAGUAUAUGUGAAAUAAACAUAUAUUUCUAAAAAUAUAAAUGAGACGUUUUCAUGAGAGAUGUUGUGUCCCCACACAUCUCAUCAUUUUAGUUCAUGUCUCUCAAUAUAUUUCUUAUAAGGGGUUGCUUUAACCUCUGGCAUGCCAGUAAAACUGAAUUACUGUGUUGCAAAAAGAUGCACGUAAAAAGGGUGAAAUUAUUUGAAAACCCUGGUCUUGGAAGUCAACAGUUCCUCACUCCCAGUCAAGUGGAAAAUAUGGACUAGAUGGCCCAUGUGGUCUCUUCCCACUAUGCUUCUAUACCUAUUUCCCUUGUGUAGAAACAGCAGGGCAAAUGCCAGGAUCUCUGAGAGACCUGUUGAUGCUGUAGAUAACUGUGGAACCACAUGGCACAGCGGGGCUUUCUGUCGUAAUAUUGCAACCACCGCGCACGCACACACACAUAUCAAUUUGGUUUUAUUUACAGAAGCCUCUGCCAAGCCAAACUCCACCCUUCUCACCUGCUUAUGCAUUAAAGUGACGUGUCCUAGCUUGAGCCUGCAGUCGCCUGGAGAAGCAUUGAGGCCAGUUCCAUUCUUGCCACUGGGCCAGUUCUGAUUUGUGGUGCAGGCCAGCUUGGGAUGGCUAAGGAUGCUGCUGGUACCCGUUCCAUGGCUAGCCCAUUGGUUGGUGCAGGAACCUUCUUCAGGUAGGAGAUCCACUAAGUGAGAUCCCGUGUCUUCGAUUCCAUCAACAAUGAAGGCCAAAAGCAAAGGGGUCAAAUCCCGUCACGUCGCCAAGGAGGACACUUUGCACCAGGAAACGACCCAGAGGAGGGAGGAACUUCUGAAGUGUUCGCGGCGCAAAGAGAAACGGAAUGAGGAGAGCCCGAAGGCCGCCUCCAGAUCUGCCAAAGAGCUCCCUUGGAGCAGUAAAGACCGGCGCCUGCGGAGGCUGGAGAGCAACGAGCGCGAGCGGCAGCGCAUGCACAAGCUCAACAACGCCUUCCAGGCCUUGCGGGAGGUCAUCCCUCACGUCCGGGCAGAGAACAAGCUCUCCAAAAUCGAGACGCUCACCUUGGCAAAGAACUAUAUUAAGUCGCUCACCUCGACGGUUCUCAGGAUGUCCAGCGGGCACCUCCCUGCUGUCGAAGUCCCUGGUUCUGGUGGCAAAUCCAAACUAUAUGAACACUAUCAGCAGCAGUGCGAGGACGAGGAGGAGCCCAAGGACCAGCUUCAGAAAUACUCUACCCAGAUCCAUAGCUUCCGACAAGGCAGCUGAAGUUAGCGGCUGGUCCUUGGUGCUUAGAAAGUGUCCCAUAAUUGUCACCAACAGAAUGUGACUUCUCAAGGUGCCUUCCCCACCACAGGAUUUAAGGAGGCCCUUGUUUGAUGCUCAUUGUUUGUUUGUAUAGAACUGUCAGUUCUCUGAAGAGAAUUCAAAAGGUGGUAUAUAUAAUAUACAAGGGGGAGCAAAAUGUUGUAGAUUCUCCCUAUGAACUGAUAGGAACCUGCUAGCUAGCAAUCACAUCCCCUAAUUUUUUAAUUUUUCUCUCUGGACUACACUUAACCUUCUGUGGUUCUUGAGAAUACUCAAAAACCACUGUGCCGUUUUUCCAAAGGAGGAGAGUCUUCCUUUAGAAUUAGUUUGAAAGUUGUUCUAUACUUCUGGAAAGAACCAAGACGAUGGUGAUAAUCAAGGGUUUUUUCCCCCCAAAAAGCCUUGCAUGGACUACUUUUCUUGAUGGCUCAGUCUCCAAGUUGCAACAGAAAGUGAUGCUUGGCACACUUGGAACUUUUGUGCAUAACUUUAUACUUAGUGAGUUUUAUUAUUAGCUCAAAUGCAAAGGAAGAUAAGCCGAUGGCUCAGUCUAGAGCUUGUAUGUGGAUGCCAUUGUUUAUCAUGUUAAUUAGUGUGCUAAAAUGCUCCUGCGCAUGAGGGCUUUUUUGUAUGGUCUCCCCAUUUCUGUGUUGGACAUUCCAACUCUCACCCUAUUCACGUCUACCUUGGGCUUCCUUAGCUUUAAGGACCAAGACCUCUAUAUAUUUUGUUUUAAGAUAUGUGUUUGAGAUACCAAACUCUUGAAAGUUUUCAGUUAAAACAAAUGAAAGCUCCAAAUGAUUGUCAACAUUCUAUGAAGGAACUGUUGUAAUCCAGAGCGAAACUGGAUCAGGUGCCCUUUCAAUAAGCAAUUAUACAAAUAGCUUUUAACACGAGUAAUUCAGGAGGCAUGGAGGGUCCAAGCAUCACUGGGAUCCUGGCCCAAGGAGCAGCAAGGAGAAUUCAAUGCUUUGCUCCUUCCCGACAGAACCUAUCUUCUUCAUAUCUUGGGAACUACCUGUAAAUACACACACACACACAUACAGUAUAUUCAAGAUAGUUACACUGGAUCCUGCAAUGGUACAACCAAUAUCAACAAAGAAAAUUGAGACCUUAAGCUCAACUGCUUGCCCAACUGUUUUUAUAUUGACAUUUAUAUUGGAUUCUGGCCCUUAUGCCCAGAUUUGUGUCUAUCUGUACAAAUGCAUAUGUGCAACUCAUUGUGUCCUUUGUCUUAAUUUGGAAAUAGCCACCAAAGUUUGUCGUAAGGCAGCAUUGUGUAUUAGACAAACACAGGUAUUGUUCCUGACUUUAUCACUAGACGAUUCAUCCUAUUUAUGUUCCCUGCAGCCAAAUGUGUGAUCUUAGAAAGGACUUUUAGUAUUUAUCUAUGUACGGCACCUAAUAGAAUGAAGACUGUUUAGGUGCUGACUUUUUUAUAAACUGUACAUAAUACUAUUGUAUUGUUUUUGCAGAUGAUCAAAAUAAGAAAUGUUGGUGUAUAUUUAAUCUCUUUGAUUGAAAGGAGGGUUAGGGUUAGGUUUGAUUAAGUCAAAGUGAUUCGGAGCCAAUGUAAAGCUCUUCAGGGGAAAAUAUAUGACAGUACUGUCACAUACAAUAAAAUAAUUAAAGGAAAUAUUAAAAGCGAA